UUGUGACCUACCGUAGUGAAGUUGGUGGCGCAUGCGUGGGAGUGCCCGGAAGCUUGUGUCAUAGGCAACGUGAAGCUGGUCGAUCCAUAACAGCAGAUUUGCUGUGUGCAGUUAGUUAAUUUUAUCAAGACGUUGUUUACAGGCAUUUUAAAACAAACAAACAAGAAACACAUAUAAUUAUUAUUUUGAUUACUGACAAAGAGCAGAAGAAAGAGAAUGGCGCAAGUGCUAAAUUUGAACAACGAGGUUGUGAAGAUGAGGAAAGAUGUAAAGAAGGCCAGAGCACUGAUCAUCCGGAAGUUAACGAGGCACAUCACCAAACUAAAGUCGAAAAAGGGUAAUGCAGAGGAAGUUGAAAAGAACCAAAGACGUGCAGGCAGGUUGUUAGAAGAAAUCCAUGCUAUGAAGAGUCUAAAACCAGAUCAAGUUACCAAAGCUGCUUUGCAAAGGAAUAUCAUCUUUGAAAAAGUGUGCAAAAAUCCCAACUCUACAUCAUCAGAACGGGCAACUGCAAGAAUAGCAUCCCAUCCACAAAUCAGCAAAAAAAUAAUAGACAUCGAAGCGGCAAUAAAGGCAUUUAAGGAAGAGAGAGAAAUACAGUCAGAAGGCAAAGACACUCAAGAGGUUCCAAAGCUAGAAGACACUGUACAAAAUACACAAUCAGUUCAAGAAAAGGAUCACUCAGAGGACCUAGAACUAACCCUAUCUGGAGAUACUGCAGAAAGCAUUAACCAGAUAACUAAAACAGAGCAUGUUCAUAGUCUAGAAAGUAAUAAAGAUACAGAUAAGACUGAUGCACUGCCUGAGACAGUCAUAAUGCAGGAAAAUGCCAACAUAAAAACCUCUGUAGGGAACACUUCAAAUGCCAUUUCUCAGAGAAAAUCACCACACAAGAAAAACAAAACACAACCUAAACCUCAAAAUGAAGCCAGUGGUACAAUAAUACAAGAUAAACAUGAGUCACAGGGUGAAGAAAGUGAAUUAGAAGAAUCAGAUGAAGAAGAUAAAGAAUAUUUUGACGACAGUACAGAAGAACGUUUUUACAAGCAGUCAUCCAUGUCUGAAGACAGUGGUGAGGAUGAUGACGAUUUCUUUAUUGGUAAAGUUAAACAAACAAAGAAAAAGAAAAGUGACACUAGCCUAAGACAGGAAAAAGGGAAAACAGAAGCCAGGAAAUCUGAAAAAGAAGAUACUGAGGAAAGCAGGCACAUGUCAAACCAAAAUAAAUUACAGUCUGUAUUUUGCAAUUCUUUAUCGGGAUCAAAAGUAUCAAAACCACUGGAACAAAAGAGGAAGUCUCAAGGAAAGCCUCAAGUGAACAAGGGGUCAGCUGUGUUAAACAGACCCCAGUUUAAGAAGCAACUGCCUCGUGCUGCUGCCAGUCGGCAGUUCACAAGUAAAGUUCCACACGUGCAACAAUCUCUCCAUCCGUCAUGGGAGGCAAGCCGAAGGCGGAAAGAACAGCAGGCCCAAAUCACAGCAUUCCAGGGGAAAAGGAUUAAGUUUGAUGACGACGACUAAUUCUUGUGUAUAACUUCACUUGAACUGGGUAGAGUAAUCCAAAAUGACAUGCAAAGUGUAACUAAAGCAAGUUUUCAGUGUUUUAAGUAGAAAUCUUUUUGAGCACCCAUAUUUUGUUUCUGUACAUAUGUAUUACUUUGCUGAACCUUUCAGAUACUGAGUUCUACACAAAUCCUAAAUUAUUUAGAAUUUGGUGAGUUGUCAUUCUUUGUAUAUUGUACCUUGUAAUGUGAGCCGUUACUGUUUUAAGGUUUAUAUUGCAAUUUAAUGAAGAGAUAUAAACUUUCCUCAUAUUUGUUCAUUGGUUUGCGUGUGUGCCAUUGUUGACAUGCUUAUGUUAUUUGAGGUUGUUUGAUAGUACCAUAGCUGAUAUAUAAUGCUCCAACAAGAACACCUUUCACACCUGAAAGAACUAGACAACCCGUGUUAACAAUAAUGCGUAUGAUACCUGACUUAUGGGACACACUGUACAUUUCUCAAUAUUAUUAUAAGCAACAAAGUUCAUUACAUUUUGUAAGCACCUGGGACUAUAAUGGACUACAAGGCAAUGCAAGUCCGUAUACCAUCUUGUAAAAUGCUUAGCUACAGAGGACAUCUGAGCAUUGCUUGCCAGGUGUAGCAUAUUUACAUACAUAGACACUUAAUGUGAUCUACCUUUUUCAGUUUGUAGGCGUAAAUAUAGCAGGACAUGUAAAAUGUGUUUAAGAUUUAAUUUAAAAAAAUUUAAAUGUUAAAGAUAAAGAUUAUUUUAACUGUUUGUGCGUUGGGUCUGAAGAAUUAAACAUUUGACUAGCUCAUUUGUCGUCAUGGACGUAUACUAGUAGAUUAUAUCUAGGCUUGCUCCUUUCCAACGUUUAUUUUUCAGGAGCUCACAAAAUACUGUAAUAAAAGAGUUUUUUAAAUGA